GACAACUUUAAAAGUACUCUUAUAGUUGAAUACCCCCACCGUGUUGUGUUGUAAAAGUCCUAUGCGAGGCUUCAGGGAGCGAAAGCUAACUAGCGAGCUAACCACUAGCUGGCUAGCGAUAUCAUUUGGGAGGCGGUGGGUACCAUAGCAACCGUUUAGGAAACAUUGAUCGCUAGCUAGCUAAUGUAGUUCAUGCUAACGUUGGUUUGUUAUGCUAGCGUUAAACAAGACGACAUAGAGACUUAAAUGCUCAAUUUAGCGUUAUUCAGCCAAGUAAUGUCACAAGUCAGCGGUAUCUACCUCGCGUCAUCGCCUAUAUUAAUGAGCUGUAACUUUGCUCCAUGCUCUUUAGUAAGCUGCCGAGAAUGAAAAAUGAUCGUAACGUUAGUGUUGAGUUUAGCUAACGGUAAUUUCCAUCACAUGCAGUUAGCCAACGUUAGCCACCAAGGCCGACCCGUAAACUUGGGUUAACGUUACACCAACGCCACCGUUAUGUAAAAGUAAAAGCUAUUUGUAUUACAGACUAGUUUGUCUCAGAUGAGCUUGUCGUUAUAUUAGUUUAACGUUAUCUUACUUUACCAAUGUUGUCAUGGGUCAACCUAAUUGUAACUCAAUCAGCUGAUCUGUGGCUGCUAAGCUUAGAGUUGGCGCUAAAUUAGCAGCUAGUUAACUUAUUCUGAUACGAAUAAUCAGCCUACAUCAGCUAAUCUUCAAGACAUGUAUUGUUAGCGCUAGGAGCUAAUGUUACAGUUAAAUACUGGUGCAGUUCAGAAUGUAUUGUCUUUGUGAUCGGUAGAUAUCGGACAUUCACGCUAGCGUUUAGUGUAUUUGUUAUUUUUUAGUUAUUGAAAGUGUCUGAUAAGUGAUCAUAAGUGAAUUAGGUCUUAUGUAAUACCAAUUAUGUAAUACCAAUUUCAUUGACGUGCAUCCGGGGUUUUCAAAUCAAAAUGUGAUGUCAAAUUGGACCUCUGCCUAACUUCUGUAUGAUUUCCUGUUAUAUUAAUGAGGGGUUGAAUUGUAGAGGUUGCAUGUCACACGGUUGAGUGAGUGGAUGUGUGAGAUAAUUCGGUUUGAUCCCGACCUCGUCAUAACUGUCAUUUCAGUAUUUAGCUUGAACUAGUAUGGAUGUUGAUGACUGCAAUGGCCGGUCUUACAUAUCAGCUAGUGGAGACUCUUCAAUGGAAAGAGAUUUUUCUGGGGCCCUUGGAGGUCCAACAGUGAGCACCCCAAACAGCAAGGAGACCUCUCCUAGUCGCUCCCUCAGUGCCAACUCCAUUAAAGUGGAGCUGUACAGCGAUGAAGACCCAGGUCGCAGUACUGAAGAUGAAAGAGGGGAGCGAGUAGAGGAAGGAGGUCCAGAGCAGGGAUCUGAGGCUGUUGGAGACUACAGGGAGACCACCAAUCCUGAAACCAUACCAACUGGAGCCACCAGAAUGCCAAACGGAAAGCUCAAGUGUGACAUCUGUGGAAUGAUCUGCAUUGGGCCUAAUGUUCUCAUGGUGCAUAAACGCAGCCAUACAGGUGAGCGACCAUUCCAAUGUAAUCAGUGUGGCGCCUCCUUCACUCAAAAGGGUAACCUGCUCCGCCACAUCAAGCUCCACUCAGGGGAGAAGCCCUUUAAAUGUCCCUUCUGCAGCUAUGCCUGUCGAAGACGAGACGCACUUACUGGUCACCUUCGCACUCAUGCUGUCUCUUCUCCAACUGUAGGGAAGCCGUAUAAGUGCAGUUAUUGUGGCCGCAGUUACAAGCAGCAGAGCACCCUGGAGGAGCACCGUGAGCGCUGCCACAGCUACUUACAGAGUCUGGAGUCACAGCAGCCAUCCAGUGCACAGAAUCAAGGAGAGGAGAUGAGAGAGCUAGAGUUUAUACCUGACUCUCUACUGCAACCCUCCUCAGACAAGAUGGCAUUUAUCGAUCGGCUCGCCAACAGCAUCACCAAACGCAAGAGAUCCACACCACAAAAAUUUGUAGGACAGAAGCACAUACGCCUCAACCUUUCAGAUGCACCUUAUGAGCUAAGCACUGGUUUGGAUAAAGAGAGGGAGAUGCACGCAGGGAACCUUGAAACCCCGCACUUUACUGGUCUGGGAGGAGAAUACGCCGGUGUAGCAGGCCCGAGGCUGGAUUGUACAGGGAUUGGAGCUGGGCUGGGCGCUGCGGGUGUAGGGGGGAGGGAGGCAGCAGAGGGUCACGAAGACCUGCCUGCGGGUCGAAGUCACGCACCCUCCCCUAGCAAUGGUUGCCAGGACUCCACGGACACAGAGAGCAUGCCAGACGAGCCGUGCAACAGUACGGCCCUGACUCCAACCCUGCACAGUAACAACGGCCAUCAUCUUCUCCUCUCCAACAACCAUCAUCCAGCGCCUCCUCCCAUUGCACACCACAGGAGCCGGGACCGUCACAGUCCCAGCCACGCCAAAGACAGGGAGGUGGAAAGAGAGGAUGGAGGCCACUCAGCCCUCCCACCUCCUGCCCUCGCGCCAACUCCCAGCUCACCUACUGCGCCCUCUUCCACCUCUAGGGAGGCAUUUCGGGUUGUAGACGGGGAGGGGCGAGCUGUGCGCUCUUUUCGUUGUGAGCACUGCCGCGUGCUUUUCCUGGACCAUGUCAUGUUUACCAUCCACAUGGGCUGCCACGGUUUUCGCCAGCCUUUUGAGUGCAACAUCUGUGGCCACCGCAGCCAAGACCGCUAUGAAUUUUCUUCACACAUCGUCCGCGGGGAGCACAUCCUUGACUGAGGAGAAAGGGUGGACAACCUGCUUCACCUGGAGCUAUUGUUAUACUAAGACAAGGACCUGGCUGGGUUUGGUCUGCACACGAGACACAAAUGACCUGAAGCUGAUAUUAAUAUUUCAAACCGGUACUGGUACAGUUAACAUGUGCAUGAAUGGCAAGUUCCUGUGUGUAUUUCUUAAAUUAUAAUAGUGGUCCUUAUUAUUUUCAGUGCACUUUGAACAAUGAAUUCAAAUUCAUUUUAAUUAAAUGUAUUCUAAAGUAGAUGAAGAGCAAAUGCACUUUGUCAUCUGUAGAUGUGCCUUGCUCCAAAAUUGAGGAUUCAAACUUGAUGCACAAAUUAUGGGAAAAAAUCUGACAUUUGUCCCUAACCUGAAAACGUUCCCUUCUUGUGCACUUUAACAGAUGUAACUAAUAGUAUAUAUAAUAAAAAAAAGUGUCAAUAAGAAGUUCAUAGGAUCACCUACAAUAGAAUCUGUAGAGGUUGUAAUGCCGUGUUGCAUUUAUUCGGUGAAAUUAUUACCUAACAAAUGUUCUGCAAAGUUUUUUCCAAAUUGGGGUUGAUUCUAUAUAACAGAUUGCUUUUUAUAAUGGGAAUAAGUGAAGACCAAACUCAAAAACCAGGUCCAAGUCGUAGAUGUUUCUGAAGGGUUGUCCGUGAAUUAGAAAUGCACUUUUGUUUUUAAUGAGGGUGGUGUGGACAGAUCUGAGAGUGUGUGUGUGAGUGUGUGCAUGAGUGACCCUGUGUUUUUUGGAAGUAAAUUGAAUAAGUAAAGUUGAAAAUGAAGGCCUUUGUGCGAAUGCUGUGUGGGGUAGCGUAUGAAAUAUUUGUUUUUCUUUUCUAUGACUGCUUUUGUUGCACUGAUACCUGCCAGAAUACUAUGAUUAUAUUAAACUAUUUUAUGGAAUACAUUA